AUGGUUGGACAGUGUUAUCAAAAAUUAGAGCACGAUGUUGCACAGAUAAAGUUAUUCUUUAUGUGUUGUGAAAAUUUAGUAGCUCUACAGCAAAUAAGGCCUGAUUCAUAUACUUUGGUUUUUGGAGUUCAAAGAAACACUCAAAUUAUUAAGGACAAUCUAGGAUUUAUGUACUAUAAAAAUAAAAAAACCCAAAUCCUAUUAUACUCAGAUUUAACAGAAAGAUGUUUUGAGAGAAGUAUGCAGUCAUACACUCCAUGUGGAAUCAACCUAAAAUCAAUUGUAAAGUAA